AUGUUUUCUACAAAAAUCAACAUCUUUUUAACCGGUGCAACUGGUUACAUUGGAGGAAGUAUUUUAACUGCGCUUCUUCGACAUCCAAAUGCUUCGAACUUUAAUAUUACUGUUCUUAUUCGUGGUGAAAAUGAGAGAGUGAAGAAAUUGUCCUCACUGAAUGUUACACCUCUAAUCGGUUCCAAUGAUUCAUUCGAAAUCAUUGACAAAGCUGCAAGUGAAUCCCAUGUCGUCAUUCAUACUUCAAAUUCAUCUGAUGAUCUUCCAUCAACUAAAGCUAUUAUUUCUGGUUUAAACAAACGAACCAAAGAAACAGGAAAACCAACAAUUUAUAUUCAUACAAGUGGUACAGGUGUUCUUAGCGAAGAUGUUCGAGGUAAGCCAGGCUCAGACAUAGUCUAUUCUGAUCUUAAUCCUAAUCAAAUCAAUGGUCUUCCUGAUGAACAACUUUAUCGUGAUAUUGACCUCUUCAUUAUUAACUCAGCAGAUGCAAAUCCUCUUUUAAAAACUGUUAUUAUUCUUCCACCUCUUGUUUAUGGUAUCGGCACAGGCCUAUUCAAUCGUACUUCUUUACAACUUCCAGUUCUCGUUCGAGCAGCUUUAAAACGACAUAAAGCUGAAAUGAUUGGACCAGGUCAAGCAAUAUGGAAUAGCGUUCAUAUUGCUGAUUUAUCUGAUGCUUAUAUAAUUAUUUUUGAUCAACUUCUUGCUGCAUAUGGUCCUGAUGCCAAACCCGAUAUACAACCAAGUCCAUAUCUAACAACAGGACGAGAAGGUUAUUAUUUUGUUGAGAAUGGAACUUAUACUUGGCGACAACUCUCAGAAAAAAUUGGUGAAGUUUUAUACAAGAAAGGUAUUGCUAAGUCACCUGAUGUUACAAGUUUUCCAGAUAAUGAAGUAGAAAGUAGCCUUUGUGGCACUGUUAGUUGGUUUUUAAUGGGUAGUCAAGCAAAUUCAAAAGCUGAAAGAAUUAGAAAAUUGGGAUGGAAACCAUAUCGACCAAGUCUUUUUGAUAGUGUUGAAGAACAAGUUGAUGUUUUAAUCAAUAAUACCAAAGAUUAA